GGUUUGUCGGAUUUGGUUCAGAGUUGACCAAGAUGACCAUAGAAGGUCAAACCCAGGAACCUUCUGCAUGGGAUCUGGCAUAAGGAAAUGCAUCAUUUUGAGGAGGAAUUAACUUGUUCCAUUUGCUAUAGUAUAUUUGAAGACCCACGUGUACUACCAUGUUCUCACACAUUUUGUAGAAAUUGUCUGGAAAGCGUUCUUCAACUAUCAAGCAACUUUUCCAUAUGGAGACCACUAAGACUUCCACUGAAGUGUCCCAAUUGUAGAAGCAUUGUUGAAAUUCCUCCAUCUGGUACUGAGUCAUUACCUAUCAACUUUGCAUUAAAGGCUAUUAUUGAAAAAUAUCAGCAAGAAGAUCACCCAGAUGUUGCAACAUGUAGUGAACAUUAUAGGCAGCCAUUAAAUGUUUAUUGUCUUUUGGAUAGAAAAUUAGUGUGUGGCCAUUGUCUUACAAUAGGUAAACAUCAUGGUCAUCCCAUAGAUGACCUUCAGAGUGCCUACAUGAAAGAAAAGGAGACUCCUAGGAAACUCCUUGAGCAAUUAACUGAUGAACAUUGGACUAAUGUAUGUUUGCUCAUUGAAAAGUUGGAAGAACAGAAAUCUCAUUAUGAAAAUAUUGUUCAAGACGAUAAGAAAGCUGUAUUGCAAUAUUUUAAGAAACUUAAUGACACACUGGAACAUAAAAAGCAAGCUUUGCUAGGUGCUUUGGAUGAAGUUAAUGCUCACAUUUCUGAAGAAUAUGCACCACUCGUUGAAAACAUGAAAAGAAUCAGAGAAGAACAGCUUGAUUUAAUGUCAUUGAACACAUCUGUUCAAGAAGAGGAGUCUCCACUUAUUUUCCUUGAGAAGGUUGAUGAUGUGCGCCAACGCGUAAAAGCUUUGAAACAAAAGCAACUACCAGAUAUCAAACCUGUUGAAGUUUAUCCACGAAUAGGACAGCUAUUGAAGGAUGUGUGGUCCAAAACUGAAAUUGGUCAGAUUAACAAGAUCCUCACUCCAAAAAUAAAGCUAAUUUCAAAAGGGAAUUUAUGCCACAAAGGCAGUGAGAAGGAAAGAGGACAGUCUAAGGAAUUGCUUCAGUCUAUAAACCCUCUAACAGUGAUGCUAAUUUCUAUGAUGAUAGUGAUAAUUAUGAUUUCAUUUAGUAAAUCUGUAUUAUCAGUUGUAAAUGAAGUAACUUUGAUCUAUAUUUCAGACAUCUUGCAGUUUGUUUAUCAAGAUCUAUGCAACAACUUGCAGGCAGUAAUGGAAAUGCUAUGCCAUACAUCUAAUUUCCUGAUGGAAUUCAUGGGGAGAAUUGUUUCUUUUUCUUUCUGAGUAUCUGAAAUACUGAGAUUAGCAGUUAGGAUAAUUAUAGGAAUACAUUAUGUUUGAACUAUUGUACAAGGCUCUUUUUUUUAGUUUCUAUCUAAAUGCUAUUGAAAUAAUAGAUCCUUUACACAAAAUUUAAACUGGUUCUCUAGAUCAGUGGUUCCCAAACUGGGGUUCGUGAACCCCUGGGGGUUCACAAAACGUUACAGGGAGUUCUCAAGAAAAAAUUCCCUAAUGGUGGACAGAGCUGUCCCUAGGAAC